ACGAGAACGUCACCUCUUGACAUCUUGAGCAUGAUAAACUUAAUGCCAUAAAGCAAGCGUCUAAUAAAAGAAACAUAGCCGGCUCAUUGCUUUCAUCGUUUGAUCGACCUUUCUUCCGCUCUUACUCUCAGGAAUUGGCCUCAAGAUGGCGUCACAGCUACUUCCUCUCGAGUUGAUCGAUAAAUGCGUGGGCUCCAAGAUCUGGGUUGUCAUGAAAGGUGACAAAGAAUUCAGUGGCACUCUCCUUGGCUUCGAUGACUACGUCAAUAUGGUUCUGGAAAAUGUGACAGAAUUCGACUACUCCGGCGGCCAGACGAAGCUUUCAAAGAUUCUGCUGAAUGGAAACAACAUCUGCAUGUUAAUACCUGGUGGCGAGGGUCCUGGGACGACAGCUUCAUGAAGUAUCUGGAGAAUGAGGGGAGACAAUCCUGCUGCGUUUUUGUGCUCUAAAAGU